AAACAAUCCCUCGCAGCAGAACUACUAUUUCAGGAAGAGCAUCGCCUACACCGAGGAUCACAUUGUGGUGAAGAAGCUGUUCCUCUACAAUGUGGCAGCCGAGGCAACUGCAGCAGCAGGAGGUGCUGGCAUACUUCGGGAGCUUUGGCCGCGUGCUGCGGCUGCAGCUGUUCACCAGCCAGGCGCACCGCAAGCAGCAGCCGCAGCCGCACGAGCUCUGCCGCAAGACCAAAACGGGCUACGUCUACUUCAGCAAUCCGCGCGACGCGGCCACGGCCCUGCGCAAGUCCCUGCACAUGAUCAACGGGCGGCGGCUGUCGGUGCAGGCCAACGACAGCUGGCACCAGCCGGAUGCCUAUGGCGGCCAGCCGGAGGAGCCGGCAGCAGCAGGAGCAGUUGGCGGGGCAUCGGAUAUAUUGAAGCUGAAUGACCACUGUCUGGAGCACAUCAUCCGUCAGCUCACGCUGCCCGACCGCAUCCACUUCGCCAGGAGCUGCACACGCUUCCGGUCCGUCUAUCAGCAGGUGUCGCCGGCGCUGCACCGGAGCAUCAGCUUCGACGUGUUCGACGCGAUGACCGUGUGGGACAUGCGCGACUUCUUCGUGCUCUCGGGCCGGCACGUCCAGCGCAUCGAGGGCAUCAUUCCGCCGGGUCGCUGCCAGCGACUGUGCGAGUUCUUCGGGCUGCACUGCGUCAAUCUGCGCUCGAUGCGGGUCACGGCGAGCAAGCUGACCGUGCGCAACAUGCACAAGAUCUUCGCCAGGCUGGAGCAGCUGGAGGAGCUGCAGCUGCGCGCCUGCGCCCUGAACAACUCCAGCCUGUUGGCCCUCAAGCACCUGUCGCAGCUGAAGUGGCUCGAUCUGUCGGACAACCACCAGCUGACCGGGGUCAACAUGAACUGUCUGCCCGCGAGCAUCGAGCAGCUGAGCCUGACCAGCUGCAACGGGCUGCAGUCCAAGUACCUGCCCAGGAUCUGCAAGGCGCUGACCCGGCUGCGGGAGCUCAACCUGAAGGCAGUGUACACCAUCACCACGGGCUUCCAGCUGAUGGUCAGCGGCAAGUGCUGCCCGGCGCUGGAGGAGAUCACGCUGAGCAGCGGCCCGGCCAACGAGUACGAGCACAUAGCCAAGCUGCCGGCGUUGAAGAAGCUGAUCCUGUACAGCUACGAGCAGGGUACCGUGCUGCGGCCGGAGCUGCUCACCUGGCUGGUGGAGCACAAGGCGCAGCAGCUGCUGCACUUCGAGGCACGCGGCCAGAACUCGAUCAAUGCGGAGAUGCUAGCGCAGAUCGGGCAGCUGCAGGCGCUGCGCACGCUCUGCCUGCCGCACAACAAUGCCGUGGGCGAUCGCGAGCUGGAGUCGUUCCGGCUGCUGCAGCUGGAGCAGAUCAACCUCAAGUACUGGCCGAACCUGAGCAACGCGGCGGUGCUGCGGCUGGUGCUCGCCUGCCCCAAGCUGCGCGAGCUGCACCUGGAGGAGUGCCCGCGGCUCACCGAGAAGCUGCUGCACGACAUCAUCUUCAAGCUGCGCCUCCAGCUGCGCGACAAGACCAACCAGCGGCGGCUGCCCAUCCGCAUGCACGUCUACGGCAGCAAGAUAAGCGAGUUCAGUCUGCAGCACGCGGACGUUGCCGCCAAGGACAUCGUCGACGCCUGCCUGACCCCGCCCUCCUCGUCCGACCUGUGCCUGGUGCGCAUGUCGAACCUGCUGGAGUUCGACUUCUACUCGGACGACUACGACAGCUUCGGCUCCGAGGAUGAGGUCGACCCGGACCACGAUCGCUACAUGGUCAACGAGGGCUUCCUCAGCGACGAGGAGUACGACUACCACCAGAUGGUCUUCAACGACGACGACCUGUUCGAGCUCAACAUGGAGAAUGUCGCCGAGUUGCUCAACAACUGGAACGCGAACGCGAAUGUGAACCGAAACGCGAACCUUAAUCCCAAUCCCAAUUCAAACCCGAACAUGAAUAUGAAUGCGAACCGCAACAUGAACUGGAAUGGGUAAACCGAGAGACAAAUACAUAACUCGAAUAGAUAUGGGGUAUCUAUUUUUGGACUUUACAUCAACUCCGAUGCUUUCG